CAAAGGAAAGCAAAGCAUUCCCAACAAAAACAAACACUACCAGACUAGUUUCCUUUCCAAACCCAAAAGCAGCAGCCUCACACAUAGCCAGAACCCGAAGCCUACCAAUCCCAAAUCUGACUCUAUUUUCUCCAGAAGAUUAGAAAAAAUGGAAUUAGGAUCAUCAUCGUCGUCUUCUCGUUCUAACGACUCGGUGUUUCUGAGCUUUUGCGUUGAAGACAGUGGAAAAGGCUUUGCAAGUCAUCUGAAACAUUAUCUUUCAAGGAAAGGAUUUGAUACAGCAUCGAUUGAGGAUUCAAAGUGUUGCAUCGUCAUUUUCUCACCCAAUUAUGCUUCUUCAACCUCUCGCCUGGACCAAAUCAUCCGGAUUCUUGAGUACAAAGAGAAGAAGGGGCUGACUGUGAUACCAGUUUUUUAUAAGGUUGAUCCCACUGAUGUACGGAAAGUCAAUGGAACGUUUGGAGAGGCUUUUGCUCAACAUGGAGAAGAUCGUAGGGCGCAAAGCUGGAGGGACGCCCUCAAGGACAUUACCAGUAUAGCUGGUUUUCAUUUCCACAACAGAGAUGAAGCAGAGUUGAUAGGGAAGAUUGCGGCCGCAGUUUCAAGUAAAUUGAUGAGUAAUUCUACUGCUGCUGCAUCGUUCAACUUCAACAACAUCUACCGGGGUAUUUUCGGAAUAAACUCCACAAGACUCAACUCUUAUUGUGCGUCCACUCUACGUGGCCCUACACACUUUUUUUAUACUUUUUUUUUUUGGCAAUUUUUGUAAGAGAGGCCCACAGCACCAUUGAUGACCUUGACUUGCAUUCUCUAAUAUAAUAUAAAUAAAAUACUGAUGUGGAUGAUCAUAUAUUUAUUUAUUAUAAAUUAAAGGCUCCACUUUUCAUGAA